AUGUUUUUUGCUGAGUUCAUAAUACCACAACCAGUUGCUACAGCGCAGCAUCCGAAGCGAAGACAGCGGUACGAGGCAAAUGUUUUUUGUCCUUUCUGGCAAAACGUAAACCCUGGCCCAGAAUAUGUCAGCAUAUUCUGCUUGAUCACCCUACGUUUACAAUUCUAUGUAUCAAUUGCAGCCCGUUCUGUUACAAUCUCAAAAAUAAUUAAAGAUAAUACACCGCCAAGACAUGGCACAGAUAUUAUUUAUCUCACAUACUUGUCUUUCAGGUAUUUUUGGCUAGAAUAUACCUUUCAGCAAUAA